AUGUCGACGAAUAAUAAUAGCAACAAUGUGUAUGGUGGGGAUGAAAUAAAUGCCAUAGUGUUGGAUCCAGGAUCGUAUCACACAAGAUUGGGAUACGCUGGAGAUGAUUUUCCUAAGGUUAUUGUUUCUUCCAAUUAUGGAAUUCAUGAAGAUGAUAAAUCAAAUAAGAAGAAGUUAUUUGGAGAAUCAAUUAAUGUACCUCGAUCUAAUUUCGAUAUAAAACCGAUUAUGAAAGAUUCAUUAAUUGUUGAUUGGGAUGCAGCCACUGAACAAUAUUCUCAUUAUUUUAAAUCGAUAUUAAAUAUUGAUUUUAAUGAACAACCAAUUUUAAUUACAGAACCUGUUUGGACUGAUAAUAAAUAUCGUCAAAAGUUUGUGGAAACGUUUUAUGAAACGUUUUCAUUUCCUGCUUUAUAUUUGGCCAAAGCUCCUACCUGUGUAUCAUUUGAACAAGGUAGACCCAAUUGUUUAGUGGUUGAUUUAGGACAUGAUUCAGUAAGUGUUACACCUGUUAUUGAUGGAAUUUGUUUACUUAAAAAUUCCAUGAAGACUAAUUAUGGAGGGAGAUUUUUAGAUGAUCAAAUUAAAGAUUUUGUUAAAUCAAAAGAGAAUUUAAAAGUUGAACCAACUUAUAAGAUUAAAACCAAAGUUCCAACUCUUUAUCCUGAUGAAGAAUCUAAAUUUGAUUUGAAAACUUUACCAACCGAUAUAACUGAAUCAUUUGAAGAAUUCCAACAGAAUAAAAUAUGGCAUGAAUUCAAAGAAACUGUGUUGGAAGUUCCAGAUCGAAAAUUAAAUUCAUCAAAUGGUCAACAAGCAGCAUCAUUAAGAGAAUUUUAUUCGCAAUCUAAUUAUAAGAGAUUAUUUGAAUUUCCAACUGGACAAUCAUUAGAAUUAGGGGUUGAAAGAUUUGAAUUAGCAGAAUCUAUCUUUGAUCCUCAAGUUUAUAAAUUCAAAGAUGAAAGUUUAUCAGCCAGAUAUCCUGCUAAUAGUGGAGAACUUUCAAUUAAAAGUAAGUAUGAUGAUUAUAGACCAUUAAAGAGAGUUCGUAAAGCGGAAUCAAAUCAAUCUACACCCCAACCAGGAGCUACAGGAGGAGAAGAUGAUCAAUCACAACCAUCACAACCAGAUUCUAAAUCAUCAUCAUCCGUUGAAAUACGAGGAUUAACACAAUUAAUCAGUCAUACCUUAUCCAGUAUUGAUAUUGAUUUAAGAGCAUCCGUAGCCCAUAAUAUCAUUGUUACAGGAGGAGUAUCAUUAAUUCCUCAAUUGACAGAACGAUUAUAUAAUGAAUUAUCUAAUUCAAAUCCAGGAUUAAAAAUCAGAUUACAUGCCGUUGGUAAUAGUAGUGAAAGAGUGAAUCAAGCAUGGAUUGGAGGUAGUGUGCUUGCAUCCUUGGGUACAUUCCAUCAAAUGUGGGUUAGUAAAGAAGAGUAUGAAGAAGCAGGACCAGAAAGAAUCUUAAAUCAAAGAUUUAGAUAG